UGUAGCAAUCAUGCACACAGAGAUGGACGCGGUGAUCCAUUUUUCUCCAAACCCCUCCAUAUUGUAUCUCUCUCUCAUCCCCCCUCCCUCUCUGUUGAGUGACAUGUGGUCUGUUUGUUGCAGAGAUCACAUUGGGAGGGCGUCAUGGCUAUAAAACCCCCAGCCGAGCUGGUGCCUAGAUGUCUGUUAACUUCUCAAUCUUGGAUAUCGUAAAGCCAUAAACCAAGUCCUUCACUGAGCUCAAAG